UGUAUUUUAAAUGGUUACACACACACACACGCUUGUGUAUAUUGUGUGCAUUUUUUUAUUAUACAUAAUCAGCAAUGAAAAUGAACUAUUACAAUUUUAACAGCAUGGUACAUUAAGGUUUGGUGCAAAUAACGCACGCGAUAUUGUACCGUUGGGUGCACAUACCCUCGGCCUUAUUAUAAUCAUAUUUACAUUACAUUAAAAUGGAAAAUAUAUUUAAGAACUGAGAAAUAACAGAAAUAUAGCCUUAUUGUCCACGCCACGAGGUCAAUGUGCAAUAGUAAGUGUUCGGUUGUGGUGUGAAGACCUAGGCGCUUAGUGAAGGUGAUUUAAAAACAAUAAAAAAACACUGGAAGUAAAGGAAGGGUAAAUAAGAGAAACAACGCUCAAAUAGAAUGUCUUGGAAUAUAAAUUUUAGGAAGAGGCUUCAUGAUUCUUGGCGGCGGCAUGAAGCCUGAGUCGCGGCCAGUGUUGACGACGCCCAUCACACCAUGAUUUGAUGAGGGCCUGCGAGAAGUUUGAGAAAAUGCAUCAAGUUGGCUACUAUGCCAUCCCCAGGGAGAGCUGCGGGGACCCUACUAUUCAAGCCCUUACAGUUGACAACAUCGACCCAUUUCUCUGUACACAUAUUAAUGUCGCCUUUGCUAGGGUAGUAAAUGAUGAUAUUGUACCCACCGAUGAGUCAGAUCUUAUGGUGUACAGGGAAGUGAUUGCUCUGAAGAAAAAGAACCCCAGAUUGAAGGUGUUGCUGUCUCUUGGGGGAGCCACGGAUGAACCAGGUUUCUCAGAUCUUGUACGAGAUCCCGCUGCUGUGGCUCAGUUCUGUACCAAGGCUCGCAAGCUUCUCACAAGCUAUGGGUUUGAUGGCCUGGACCUAGACUGGGAGUUCCCUGCUUGGCCUGUAUUUAGACAUGAUUGCCGUGAGAAGAGGUGGUUCACACAGCUUGUUCAGCAACUUCAUAAUGAGUUUAAAUUGGCUUCUUCAACUCCCCUCCUGCUGACCAUUGCUGUAGCAGGUCCGAAGUCCAUCAUUGAUCAUUCCUAUGAGGUUAAUCAACUAGCAAAAUAUGUGGAUUUUGUCUCCCUUAUGAGUUAUGACUUCCACAUGUUUUGGCCAUACUUGCCUUUCACUGGUCAUAAUGCUCCAUUAGCAAAACGAAAAAGUGAGAAGUUUUGUUUUGCCACACUGAACACAGAGUGGUCAGCUAACUAUUGGGUAAAGAAAGGAAUGCCUAAAGAGAAGUUAGUCAUUGGGGUGCCGACAUAUGGACGUUCCUGGAAGUUGCUCAAUGGUGCAUGGUACGGUGUUGCGUCGCCAGCCACAGGAAGUGGAAUUAUGGGUGGUGCCUUGUCCUACACGAAUGUAUUUUUUUUCAUUCAGGAAGGAGCAAGACGGUACUUUGAUGAAAGCAGUAAAGUACCAUAUGCUGUGCGUGACAAAGACUGGAUAUCUUAUGAUGACCCUGAGAGUGUCAAACUAAAGGCAGAAUGGAUCAAGAAAAUGGACUUUGCUGGAGUCAUGACCUGGAACCUCAACUGUGAUGACUGGGCUGGAGUUUGCUCAGGACACAAGUUUGAACUGCAUAACAUCAUCAAAAAUGUGUUAUUUGGGAACGAGUCAACUGAAGACAAAAGUUUUGUGUCUGUUCAACUCUAGAAGUAAACUGUGAUAUUAUUUUUAGUUCAAGUAGUAUACAUUAUAGGGUUUUUAUAUAUUUUUUAUUCUUUGGUGCCUUAUUGCUAUUUACAGUCAGUCAGUAAUAGCCCAAUACUGUAGAUGUAGAGAAUAAGCAAAAGUGACUUAGAAGUAAUUGAUGUUCAAUCAUAAAUGCAGCUGAGCCUUUUGUACUAUACUUUACAGGAAACCUUCUGUACAGGUGGACAUAUUGCACACCACUUUUUACAAUAAAUACAGUGUGUAAAUAAUAAGCCUGGCUGCAAUCUUGGGUGGGUAAUGUAAAUUUCAAUGAGAAACAUUUGCAUGAUAAAGAGAGAUUCCUGAGGAUGGUGUAGAGCAGGGGUCACCAAACUACGGCCCGCGGGCCGGAUCCGGCCCGCGACGUCAGUGAAACGUCAGUUUCACAAAUCUCACUAACCUUUUUUGCUGCUUAGUUUGUGAGAUUCGGAUAUGUGCACACUAGGUCUGAUGUGACUAUCUUUUUGCUAACGUCGCCUUCUUUGAUAACUUUUUAGUAAAUAAAUAUGUUGGUUGUCUUUGUUUUUGUGCAUUGCACGCCACUCACCCAUGAUUAACAUGGAAUGCUAAACUUAGUUUUUCGUCUUUUUUCCCAGAGCUUUCGUUCUGGCUUGCAAGUAUUGAACAGAAUGAUUAGGCGGCCCGCGCUCGUCAUUCUUUCAGUUAUCCGGCCCACUGUGAAAAAAGUUUGGUGACCCCUGGUGUAGAGGAAGACAGGAUAGAUACUGGCACAGGUACAGAUACAUUCUGGAACCAAUACUUGCCAACAGUGCAUAACAGAGACAUGACCAACUGUCCAAGUGGCAAAGAGGAUUGAGUAAAGUAAAGGUAUUGAGGUAUAACUACUGUAGUACCUACACCUAACCUAUUUUAUUAAUACUUAUCAUACAUAGACAUUUAUUAGUUGCGUAUUAAGUAACAUUUAAGAUUUAUCCUCCUUGUUUUAUUGUGUAGCAUGAACUUAUGACUUGACAUCAGGAGUAAGCAACUCUUCAUGGCCAGAGAGUCUUGGGACUUCAAGUAGAUUCAUCUCUCAUUUCAACCUGCACUUCUAUUUACCAAAUAGCUUUGGUAAUAUGUUUUCUUGGUGUAGAUGUUUUUUUCAUUUAGAACCAGUUACCCUUUUCUCUUCAUGUUCUGAUUACUUUUUUCUUUUUUUGUAAUGAAUUUGUGGGUGUUCAGCAAAUUCCCAUUUAUCCCAUAUAUUUUUUUAAUCCACUCAUACUGUACUUAUGUUCUCAAUCUCAUAUAUUUUUGUAGAUCAAAGAAUGACACAAACAAAUUCUUUACCUUCUAAAACAGCUUGUAACUUAAUUUAAUACAAGAGCAUAAAUUUAAAAGAAAAUGUAAUAUCCAAUAUUGAAGCUCUUGUGGGCAAACUUCUUUGGGACAAUCAAACCAGUCAAUUUAUACUGCUAGAUCAAAGCAGAAGAUAUAAAGUGCAAACACGUAAAUCUGUUUUGUAGACACGGACACUGUCUGUUGCUUAACCAUUCUCCUUCAUUUAGCUGUUCCUCCUUGUUAUUCUAAAUUUAGUUUUUUUUUUCUUUCUUUCAUAUUGUCUCUCAUUCCAGACAUCUUAUUGAACUAUUAUUUCAAAUGAUUCCAUUCUUAUUACAGUAUUAUGAUUAUGUAAUCCUACAUUCCAGAUACAAUGAUUUAAUAAGGUAGUUCAUUGUUUAUGUAAAAUCAACUAGCAUUCUGAAGGGUAAGUGAGAAGUCUAAGCUAGUCAGUUGUAUGUAAGAGCCUGUCACAGUGUGUAGUGAUGAGGAAGAAGCCUCUACAUAUAUUGGUAACUUGAUUGAUGCCCCCACUUCGUACUCACACCCUAAUUGGUUUUAUCAGUAUGCUAUGUUAAAUUGUAUAUAAUAAUAAUUCUGUUCCAAACUCAAGUACAGUAUUUAAGUCUUUUAAGAUAAUAUUUAUUUUGCCUUCUCCAUGAGCCAGGGGCAUAGUGUUACCCCUCUCCAUAACUUUAUCUGAUUUGUCCAAUACUGGGGACUGUACUGUACUCAUUUUGUUAUAUUUAAUCCUCCUAUACAGUACUGUAGUUAUCCAUGAAAAAUCAUGGAACUUGAUACAAACAUUUUUGAAAACCACUAGAUGUGCUCAUUGUAAUAUGGAUUAUGCGUAAUGAAUUUAUUUUUUUUCAACUUUUACCAUCUUUGGCUAGUAGGGGAAUACAGUGAUAUCUCCGUUAGCCAGAACAAUUGGUGCAGAGCACAUCCGGGAAUGAGAUAUAUCUGGGUAAAGAGACAACUCUCUCAAAGCCGGAAAAAAUCCCUCAUCCCCGGAAUUUUCCGGGUAACGGAAAAAUUUCUCAGAAGUUCCAGAAAUUGCCCAUUACAGUGCAUCAUCUCUCGAACCCGGAAAAAUAUUCCCUAUCCCUGGAAUUUUCGGGUAUUCGGAAAAUUUUCUCGUAAUUUUCCGCCAAAUUCCUCUUUGGGAACGAUUUUCCGAGAAAAUUCCAUUUCCGGCUACCGGAGAGUUCUGGGUUUGAGGGAUUCCGGUUAAUGGAGUUAAUACUGUAUUAAGCUCUCUGAGGUGAAUAAAAUUGUCUUGCAAUAGCCAGAUCAAAUAUUAAAAGUAGCUUCCCUAUAGCAUAGAAGUUAAUAGUUAGUUAGAAUAAUGUCUUAUAAUUUGUAUUUAGUUAAUGGAGUGUGGCUCAUUGUGCAUUAGUUUGGCAGGUUUGACCUGAACAAUCUAUAAUUCUUAAAUAUGUUCAAUCACACGUUUGGAACUACAGUAUUGUUAAGAUUUUUUUUCUGUAGCUCAUAUGUUUUGUUUAUUACCUACAGAAUAUGCAAAAUGAAGAUUAAUUUUGUGAAAGCAAUAUCAAAGAGUUUAGUUAUACACUAAUGUUAUCGAUACAAUAUUCUGUAUUGUAAUGCAGUUGAUAUAUCUAACACUCAGAAUUCUCUAUAGGCUAUAGUCAUUUUUAUAAUUAUGCUUGUUAGUGUUAAUGUAUCUCUCAUAGAAGUAGCAUUAUUAUUAUGACCUGCUAAAACUGUAGUGCUUUAUGGACUUUCCUUUAAAUAACCCAAAAUCAUAUGAAGGAAUAAAAGGGGAGGAAGCUUAAAAAAAUUUCAUGACAGCAAAUUUGUUGUGAGUGAUGAAAACCCACAAAGCAGAUCUGCAUCAAAAGAAAAAAGGCAGAUUGAAUAACAAAAUAACAGAAGUGACCAAGAACUGCAGAGUGACCUAUUGAUCUAGGCCAUGACAUUCAGUAAGUUAUACCUGUCAAAGUGACCUGUUGAUCUAGGGCUCUAGGCCAUGACAUUCAGGUAAGUUGGUUAGAAUUAAGUUGUUGCUGUGAUUAUUAACAUGGUGCUGUAUCUACAAACUUCAACUCGCUGUUCAUUUAUUGUUGUGAUUUUGGGUUGUGCUCUGGGAUUUUUUCCCACUCACAGCAUGGUGUGUUUGCUCUUAGACUUAAGAUAAAUUAUUGGCCAGAAUCCUUCGGUGUUUUCCAAAACAAGUAAAGGAAGAAGGAAAUUUCUUACUUUGAUGAUAAUGUGAGAAUGCCAUAUUGUUUCCUGCUGUGUUUUAUCUUUAAGGACCUCUCGUACCAAGAGGGGUCACAACUCCUUUAGACAGGUAAGAGCUGAUUUAAUAGAAGUUUAUAAGCACCUCAAAGGACAAUAUUCAGUCAUGUGUUCAUGUCUGGAAUGGAUGGAUACCUACCCCACUAUAGGUCACAGCUUUAAGGCAAGAAAAAAGCCACAAGUAUAGAAAACUGUCAGAGCAGACUUCCUCUGAGUAAGAGUUGUGAACUGGAGGAAUAAUCUUCUAGAGAGUGUUGUGAUGUCACCUGGUGUAAGCUCAUAUAAGGCCAGACCUGACCAACACUGGACAGCACUGGUGACAAGCUUGAUGCAGUGCCUUUUGUAGAAUGAGUUAGGAUAGAUUAAGGUUUAUAAAAUGGUGACUGGUAACAAUACUCAGGGGAAAACAAUCAAUGAAAGUAAGGGACUGUAACAUGUGUCAAGUUUUAGUUUUACUUGUGAUAAAUUCUUUAUACAUAUAAAUUCUUCAUACAUAUUCCUACAGUUUUUACCCUAAAAUAUGUUUGACCAUUUGUAAACAUUAACCAUUGUAUCAUCCAGGUGAUGAUAGAUUUAUGAGAGAUAAACAGAUGUAAGUCACAUUGCAAGUUGAAUAUUAUAUUUGUAUAAAUAGUUCAAAUAAAGUACUGUAGUAUACAAUUAUUAAAAUAAAAAAAUGUGCUUUGAAGCAAUUCAGUGUCUGUCAUUGGGUUGAUAUUAUUGGUGGUGUAAACUUUUUGCUCAUUUUGUAAUAGUCGGUGUAUUUUAUAUUGAAAUUGUUAUAAUAAAGGAAAGGUUUGGAUGUUUGAUGAUGCAGUUUAACUUUUUUCUUCCCACUGUAAUACAGUUCCUGCAAUAAAUUUUGUAUUCCCACACUGCACAAUA